CUUAAACUAGGUUAAAGAUAGAUGGAGAUCUCAAGAGAAGAAAAGGAUGGCGCUUCGUUGGAUGAGUUGGCAGAGAAUUGUAUUUCAACCAUUCUCUCCUUCACAACUGUGAAAGAUGUCUGCCGUUUGGCCGCUGUGUGUCGAUCUUGGAGAUCUGCUGCCGAUGCACAUUUGGUGUGGGAGAAAAUGAUCACUCAACGCUUCGGCCAAGACAUUUCACAGGGAAUCUCUUCUCUUGCCUUCCCUUCGAAGAAACACCUCUAUUUCUCUCUCGUUACAGACCAUGGGACCAAGAGUAUUUGGUUGGAUGAAUCUACUGGAAAGAUUGGUUGCAUGAUAUCUGCACGAGAUUUAUGCAUAGCUUGGGGUGAUAACCGUUCUUAUUGGGAAUGGGUGAGGCGGGAUGAUUCAAGAUUCGAGCAAGUUGCUAGAUUGCGUUAUGUGUGGUGGUUUGACGUAUGGCAACGUUUCAAGUGCAGUAUAUUGUCUCCCAAUACACAGUACAGAGUAUCAUUUAUUAUUAGAAUGGAUGACAACAGUCGUGGGAGCCGAUAUGGUGGGUAUCCAUCUCCCUUCAUCUUCUCAGUUGUAGCGCCUGAUGGUGUUCGAAUGGAAUCUGUUCGAUUUUUGGAUGAUCUAGAAAAACCAGUUGAAAAACAUGCGAAAGGAUUCAGCAUGACUCCUUUUUCACAAGAUGAGAAUGGCUGGCUAGAAUUUGUUGCUGGUGAGUUCUUCAUAGAAGAGGUGUUUCCCAAUGGAGGGGCAAAAGAGAUUGUGUUCUGCAUGAAAAACGUAGAUUGCAGCUUCACCAAGAGUAAUGUUUGGGUUGAGGGUGUUAAGAUAGAGCCUAAGCAUUAGCUGUGUACUCAACAUGCCUUCACAAUUGGGUGUCUACAAUUAUCAUUACUGUAGUGUCAUUUUAUCUUUUCAGGAGACAGAUUGGUAAUAAUGCAAAUGAAAUUUGGUUGAUAGUGUGCGAAAAAUGAUUAUUGAAUAUUGUAGAAAAGGAUGAUAGAAUGGUAUAGUGUGAAGUUAGGGUAUCAAAAUUUAUUGACGAGAGGUGAGAGUUGAGACAAUAAGAAUAAUUGAUUUAAAAUGUUUUUGAUUAGGUAUGCAGGAUUUUGAA